AUGCUCGCCAGACGAUGCUGGUCCUCGCCGUGGCGCGGUAGUACCUCUAUCUGUGGCAUCAAGGGCUGGGCUCGUCACAAUUCCUCUUCGCCUUUCGCCGAGCUCGCCCGUCGCGAUGCUUCCCGACACCAGAUCUACCAGUCGCUCUCGACCGACCCUUACGUGAACCUUUCGAUCGAGCAUUUCCUGCUGGAGAACGCCCCGGCCGACUCGAGCAUUCUCUUCCUGUACAUCAACCAGCCAUGCGUGGUGAUCGGUCGAAACCAAAAUCCGUGGCUGGAGACAGAUCUCCGCGCCCUCUACAAUGAUCGUCGGCCUGGCGGACAAGAUGAUGGGGCUCUCUACGUUCGUCGACGAUCUGGAGGCGGAGCCGUCUUCCACGACGAGGGAAAUCUCAACUACAGUGUCAUCUCGCCGCGCACAUCUUUCACGCGGGACAAACAUGCGGAGAUGAUGGUUCGAGCCCUGCACCGCGUCGGCGCGGUCAAUACAAGCGUCAAUGAGCGCCACGAUAUUGUCAUGAUGCCGGAUGUAACAAACACCGAUAUCAAUGAACCCCCGACUCGGAAGGUCUCCGGGUCGGCAUUCAAGCUCACCCGCCACCGAGCCUUGCAUCAUGGUACCUGCUUGCUGGACUCGCCUAAUAUCCAUGAUCUCGGCCGGUUCCUGCGGUCCCCAGCCCGCGGUUAUAUCCAAGCCAAGGGCGUUGAAAGUGUGCGGUCACCAGUGGGCAAUGUCUCGAGCGCGCUGGCCGAUUCAUUCUUCUCGAUGCAGGGCGUGAUAGACAGCGUGGUCGAAGAAUUUGCCCGAUUAUAUGGUGUUGACUCUGACGCUGUGCUUCGGGCACGCCGUGCUCUUGCAAUUGAGCCGGAGAUCUUUGCCGGAGAUACUUGGGUCGCGGGAACUGUGGGAGAGGCGCAGGAACAGGAGCCGGAUAUUGCCAAGGGAAUCGCUGAGUUGCGAUCGUUAGAGUGGAAAUACACUCAAACGCCGCAAUUCACCUUUUCGACAUAUCCUAUCGAAAAUGAUCCUCGUGAACGACCGGCAUUGCCUUCCUCUCUUCCUCCCUCGACCCGUGCAUUCAUACGCCUGAAACACGGUGCCAUCAUUGAAAGCAAUAUAUCGGUCUCUCCAGAUACCUCUACUGCUUCUGACCAAGCUACUCGAGUGCAUGAAGUCCUGAAUGGGCAAAAGCUGCAUGAAAUUUCUAUCCAACGCUGGUUUGAAAUUUUGCAACAAGGUCUUGGCGGAACGGAUGGCGUGGAUGACAUUGUUGUCACUGAGUUGUCCCGGUACCUUGGUGGCUUACUUGCAGGCCAUUAG